GAUGUCACGACUAAAAUCAAGCUACGAUUCCAAUCAUUCUGUAAAUUUUACUUUCAGUUCCAGUGAUAUUUACAUUCUGUUGCGUUUGAGGUUUUUCCUUAGUAGGUGUUGUGGAUUUCACAAUCACAAGGACAUCGUUGAAUACCUGUGGUAGUAUUUUUGUUUGAAUAACAAAAGGCCAGGAAAAUGUCUACGACAGAAGACAAAAUGGAUGUAGCAGAGAGUGAAGACAGUGGUGUGGGCACAGGCUCAGAUGCAAUGAGCACAAGAAGCGCGGCAAGUACCGCUACUCUUGUUUCCUGCCCUCCCCCUGCUUUUGACGGAGGCGUGGACUAUUUCGACUCUGGUCUUCUCAGUCCUACAAGUGUUACGUCAUCGACCCAGUGGUCAAACAGUGGACACCAGCAUCACGUGACCGGACACAUCCCGUCAGGCCACGCCAAUGCUGCCCACAGCAAUGCAAGUUCUAACCGUGGUUUGGUUAUGGAUGACCUAGAUUCAACUCAGAAAACACAAGAAUGGGUUGAAAAGCAUCAGGAUGCGAAUGUAGAAAUGGUGGAUGUAAGUAGCGACAGUGGCAUCUCAGAAGUUAUGAGCGUCGCAAGUAUUUCACGCGCAUCGUCUCUUCGUGCUUCCCGUCCCCCUGCUGUUGACGGAAACUUGGACACGUUUGACUCCGGUCUUCUCAGUCCUACAAGUGUUACGUCAUCGACCAAGUGGUCAAACAGGGGACACCAGCAUCACGUGACCGGACACAUCCGGUCUGACGACCCCUCCCACCACGGCUACCCCCAUGCUGCCCGCAGCAUUGCAAGUUCAGACAGCGGCUUUGUGAGUGGCUCUGAGAGACCUGGUACCAAAGUUUCGAAUCAAAGACAAAUGCCAUCGGUUCAAACUCAACAAGCUGUGAAUGGGCAAGUCAUGAAUGGAACUCGCGAGAGCAAUGACAACGUAGUAUGUACAACUUCGGAUGUUAUGAGCGCCCAAAAGACUCCAAGCGCCUCGCCAUUUGUUGAUCCAAAUCAAAGCCAACCAAGUACAGAACGAUUGGUUAUCGAUAUCCCACAAGGUGGACAAUCAAGCGAAUCAGUGGUUAUAGGUAACAUUCAGGUUUCUGAAAUCAAGAGCACUCAAUCUGAAAAAGCACUGUCAAGGCAGUCAAGCGUUUCAUCUGUAACUGGAAACAGUCAUAUAUCUGAAAUCAAGAGCACCCAAUCUGAAAAAGCACCGUCAAGACAAUCAAGCGUUUCAUCUGUAACUGGAAACAGUCAUAUAUCUGAAAUCAAGAGCACCCAAUCUGAAAAAGCACCGUCAAGGCAGUCAAGCGUUUCAUCUGUAACUGGAAACAGUCAUAUAUCAGAAAUCAAGAGCCCUCAAUCUGAAAAAGCACCGUCAAGGCAAUCAAGCGUUUCAUCUGUAACUGGAAACAGUCAUAUAUCAGAAAUCAAGAGCACACAAUCUGAAAAAGCACCGUCAAGGCAAUCAAGCGUUUCAUCUGUAACUGGAAACAGUCAUUUAUCUGAAAUCAAGAGCACCCACGCUGAAAAAGCAUCGUCAAGGCAAUCAAGCGUUUCAUCUGUAAUUGGAAACAGUCAUAUAUCUGAAAUCAAGAGCACUCAAGCACACAUAAAUACUCUUGUUGACAUUAAAGCUUCUACGCCUUCAAGAACAAAUAGAACUACACAGCCUGCUCCAAAAUUAAUAGAAAAAAUGGACAGAAAUUCAUUUGAAGUCAAGGUUAAAGAUUUGAAGAACCACACUGAGGUUAUACAUGCCAGACCUGAUGAAAAAGUUUCCGAAUUUCGGAAAAAAGUAUCUACCCUUACAGGUAAUAAUUCAACGUCCAUCACAACACAGUAUGGCGCAACCCUUGAAGAUAACAAAAGGCUAAGCGACUACAACAUCAAGCAUUUGGAUACUGUCUUAAGUUGUGAUCGAAUGAUCGGUGGCUAAUGUCUGCCUCAGCGCAUGAAGUUACGAAAAUAUGUUAGCUCAUCAUUUAUAAAAGUAGAUCAGAAGUUUGAUUAAAUAGUUGAGUUUCAAUACAUUAAAUAAAUGAAUAGUGUAAUGCAUACCUACAAUUCAACUAUCACUUUUUUAUGUUUUAUUAAUAAUAUUAUAUUAAUAGUUAUAUAGCUAUGUAAUAAUGUAGUAAUAGUAAUAAUGUUUAGUAAUAAUUUUCUCUAUUUUAAAUAUUUUUUUAAAGUGUAAACAUUACUAGAAGUAGAAUUACAAGUUUUAUGGACAAAAUAAGCAACAUGUUUUAGCAUUUGUUUAUGCUAUUUGUUUUUACUUAUAACAUUAUUUUUUUACACAUAUUUGUAGUGCAG